AUGGCGCGAACCAAGCAGACCGCUCGCAAAUCGACCGGUGGGAAAGCGCCCAGGAAACAACUAGCAACGAAAGCCGCUAGAAAGAGCGCUCCAGCGACUGGCGGCGUUAAAAAACCUCAUCGUUACAGACCGGGCACCGUUGCGUUGCGAGAAAUUAGACGUUAUCAGAAGAGCACAGAGCUGUUAAUAAGAAAACUACCGUUUCAACGCCUCGUCAGGGAAAUAGCGCAAGAUUUCAAAACGGACUUGAGGUUUCAGAGCUCGGCGGUGAUGGCGUUGCAGGAGGCGAGUGAGGCGUACUUGGUCGGGCUGUUCGAGGAUACAAACCUUUGUGCCAUUCACGCCAAGAGAGUGACCAUAAUGCCCAAAGACAUUCAACUCGCUAGAAGGGUGCGCGGCGAGCGCGCG